AAGUCUUUUUACAACAAAAAGUAUCUGCUUGCUUCAAAUAAGUUGUCGUUCUUAUCUAAAAUAUUUCUGCAAUUUGAAACCCCUCUCACAACUACUGUUACGUCUAACUACCUACGUGGCCUUAAUAUUUACUAUGGUACUGAGGAAUCUAUUCAAACUACGGAAUGAUUCAAUGUAAGCCGAUCUUCUUUGAAAGACUCGUAAAGAGUCCCAAACUACUUGUGUGCAAAAACUCUAAGUCAUUGAAUCUGUUCACACGGACUCCCAAGCCUAGUUUAUGGGACUUGGGAAUCCCCACGUAUCAAGUACUCACCUUUGCUAAUUGUCACGUGGGACUGGAUUUGAGAACUCUCCCAUGUUCUUAUCUAGUUAUCUCCCACCGUUUCAACCUUAAGAAACCGCCACUAAAUAGUAAAUGACAAUUAUCCAAUCCCAUAUGCUAUUUACUCUUCCCUCUUGAGGAAGAAAAAAAGGAAAAGAAAAUCGAAAAGCAAUGCUCUUCCUUGUUUGCCACCUGAGCUCGUGUACCCACACAGGCCAAGGCCAAGUGUGUGCAAGAGAAAUAAACAGUGAGCUUGGCUUUCGACACGAUCAGUCUGGGUCGUCAUGCCAAGUAUCAGUCCCAAGUCACCAAAAAGCCACGUUUCAUGGAUGUCUUGUACUCAUUACUCUCCAAGACCCAAUUCUUACUUGCCUUGCUUGCUAUAUAAAUAUAGGAUCCGUACCCCCCCUUUAAGCCACACAUCUUAGUACUUAUCUACCAUUCUAGAGUUCUCUGUUGGAACAAUGUUGAAGUCAGGAACGGCUAGUACUAGUCUUGGAGAGAAAAAGCAGGCCAAAAAGUCUGCACAAGCAAGUUCAAGAAAAGGAUGCAUGAGAGGGAAAGGAGGCCCGGAGAAUGCUAGAUGCACCUACAAAGGUGUUCGUCAAAGAACUUGGGGCAAAUGGGUGGCUGAAAUUCGCGAACCAAAUCGUGGUGCACGACUUUGGUUAGGGACAUUUGACACCUCUCAUGAGGCUGCUAUGGCAUAUGAUGCUGCUGCACAUAAACUUUAUGGCACUGAUGCAAAACUCAAUUUGCCAGAUGUAGCCCUUAAUUCUCAGCAUCCAGCCGCUUCCAUUGAUACCCAAAUUAACCCUAUGGAAACUCAUCCUCAAGGUGUGCAUAAUUCAGGUACUGUAUGCUUUUCAAAUAAUAGCCCAAUUGUUAUGGUUGAUGAUUUUACAUCACAUCCCUAUCAAAAUGAUUCUAUCAUGUCUUUUCCUAAUGGAUAUGUUGAGUCUAAUGAAAAGCAAGAGGAAAACAUCUUGAAAUUUGGCGAGAACAGAGAGAUCGAUGGACUUUGGGACAGUAUGAAGGCAAACUUUCCGGUGUUUGAUGAGGCAAUAUGGACAGAGGCUGCUAUGUCACUGGAUUUUCCAGUCAUGGGAGACUCGGGAAUUUUUGCAGGCAACUUGGCAGAUGGAAGUGGCUGGGAUGUCUUGCAUUCUCCAUGGUGCAUGUAAUUAAAAUAGACAAAAUCCUCUUCAUUUCUUUACUUUAAAUGAGAUGGAGAGAGUCUAUUCAACUGUUCACAUUUCAUGUUAUCCAACAUCUAUCAUUAUCCUGUAUGAUGUAUAUAAGUAGCAGCUAUGUGUCUGA